AUGAAUGAGGCACGUGUUCUCAGGUCAAACCUUUUCAAUUCCGAUCUCAAAGCCGUUAUGAACUGUUGCUACUACUACUACUACUACUACUACUACUACUACUACUACUACUACUACUACUACUACCACUACUACUACUACCACUACUACUACUACUACUACUACUACCACUGCCAGUACUUAGAUUCGAGCUUUUUCGUCCAGCUGAAGGUUUACAGGUUUGAAAUACUAAGGCAAAGUAUAAGUCUGCCCAUAGUAGUCAAAUUGCAUUUGCCAGUCCAGGCUAGGCAAAUCUCAUCCAGCGUUAGGGCAUUUACGUUUGCCUGAGAGUAGCCAAACUUCUUAGAAAUCACGAUUUUGAGCCUAUUGAAGAAAGAAUUUCAUCUCUUUCCUCAGACAAAGCCUUCCAUCAUCUCUGCUUGGCUAGCCUGAUGCACACACUGGAGCAUUGGACUGGAGCAAUAGACGAUGGUCAUAUUGUGCAUGUUACUCUCAUUGAAUUAAAUAAUGUCGUCGAUUGUGUGCCGCUGCGACGUCUAUGUGAGGAGAGCGUGCCGGAAUAGGUAGAAGACUUUUUCGGCAGAUGUGGUUAUGUAGCCGCACCUGAGAUAAAAUAACCCCAGCCACCUGUAACACGGGACCGGUGUUAAUAGGGUUUUUUUCAGGUGGGAUCAGAGUACGCACAGGCGACGAGGUCAAGUAAAUAUAUGCGAAAAAAAGCUAUUGGGAAUGCGUGAAUUUACUUGGAGUAGUUGACAAAUAGUUGCCCUAAACCCUAACUCUAACCUCGGACCUUAACGCCUAACUAUAACCCAUAACCCUAACCCCUAACCAUAGCCGCUUACUCUGGCCCUAACCCCUAGCCCUUAAUCGUCUACCAAACGCUCCGCACAAGGCUCGAGUCAGCUCAGACGGGGCCUAUAGGAGGGGUGAAAAAGGGUCGGAUGUGAUUAUGUAGCCGCACCUGAAGUAAGCAAACCCCAGCCACCUGUAAUACCGGACCGGUGGUAAUAGGGGGUUUUUACAGGUUCGGCCAGGAAAACCACAGGCGACGAGGUCAAGUAAUUGUGCGCAAAAGAAAAGCUAUUGGGAAUGCACGCUUUUACUUUGACUGGUGGAGAAAUAGAUACUCUACCCCUAAACCUCAACCCAUAACCCUAAGCCCUAACUCCAUGACCCUAGCCCUAACAUCUAACCCUAAGUCUCAAAGACAACCCUAUCCCUUUAACCCUAACCCUUAGCCGCAGUACUAAACACUAACUCUGAAACAUCCAACGCGAAAGUUCAAAGGAGACGACAGGCCAAAAAUCAAGAAAGCCCACCGGUAUUGGGUCAAAAAUGAAGACACGGCAACAAAGAAUCCAGACCGCCAACAGAACAGCAACGCCACAGCAGCACCAUGCCAACGUACUUAAUUAAUUAGGAAUGUUAACAGUAUUGUGUCCAUCGGUGCGGCUAUAUAACCACAUCUUACUGACUUCUUGGUCGGCUGGUAGGUCACAGUUCGUUCGUUUUAGCGGUCAGUACUCAUCGGAACUGACGACAGAUAAAGGCGUUCUGCAAGGUCUCGCACUUAGUCCUACCCAUUUUGCCGUAUUCAUCGAUGAUUGGGCCCUAGAGUUGGACUGUGGAGCCGCAAUGUCUGCUGAUGGUUUAACGUUUUUGACGCAUUAUCAGAACCGAGGUUCAUGAAGAGCAGUUGCAUGAAUCUCUAUGUCGACUCGAAAGUGAAGCAAGAGUCGCCUCCUUCAGAUCGACAAACGUUGACCUUAUAAAGGUCGGAGCAGAACACGCUAUCCAAAUUACACUUCGCUUCAGAAAGAAAAGCGCGGAAGAACUUGGGCGUAUGAAUCACAGCUGCCCUUAAUCCACCUUUGAACCGUUCAAUGGUCAGAGGUUUUGCAAUAUCAGCGCUGGCCCAUAUUAAACGCGCCUUCGCUAGCUUUGGCGAGGAGGGCUUUGCAAAGGUACACAGAAAAUCUGUGCAGCCAAAAUUAGAGUGCGCUGUCAAGUCGUGGAAACCACUGGCUAUGAAGGGUAACAAUAUUCUCUGAAGGAUCCAACGGCGUGCAGUUAAGUUGCUUCGAAGACUACGUUCUUUGCCAUACGGAGAACAACUUUCAAAUCCGAAUCUUUCCCUCAAAGUUAAAGGCGAAUAUGGGGGAACCUUAUACUGACCUUCCGCAUCUUCCGAGGUCACGACUGCAGCCUUGGUUGUUCACCACAACCAACCUACGCAGACACCCCCUUAAAAUGUGCGCGGCUACAGGCUAGGAAGUGUCUCUUAGCGCGCAGGUCCGUAGAAGAGUGGGCGGCCCUGCCGCCACGCACUGCAGUAUCAACUGUCGAUGAAGUAUUCAGGAAGAACUGUGCAUUAAAUCCAGAAUCACUGUAUUUCUAGACGUCAUGUCCGCAUAUACAAGUUCAUACUUAAAAUGGUUGCCAAGCUCGCCUAUACUGUUCUUCGGGGUGAUGAUCUUCGAGGCCCUUAACAGUUAUUCUUCGUUAUGCUUCCUGACAAAUGGCAUUUCGGUUAGCGGGGAAAACUGAUGAUCACCUCACUGUAUCUCAGAUUAGCGUAUACCUCCUUCAGGUACAUAUACAGUAUGGGACCUACCCUAGGAAACGCGUUGGUGAAAAGUAAGAAGAUCUAUUUAAGACACAAAAGUGUUACGCACUUUUUGUUCGCCUAGAUCGUUCCGAAGUGUCCUUUUUAGAUGCAAAAUAAGUCUAUCGGUAAUUUUAUUAGUCAAAUGUUUACGUAUUUGAACAGAAAAUAAGUUCGCCAGGGCAGGCCUCUACUGACGGUGUCUUGGUUCACAACUUGUCCUCUCAUCGUUUUACUCAGCAACAACUAGCGGUUUUAUCCAAUGACAUGAAGUUCUGCACAAGAGAUGCUCGACCAGAAGACUUUAUUGCAUCCUUUGAGUCAGCGCUCCAGAAGUAUAAGGCUGGCGAGGAGAGCAAAAACGCCAUGCGACAACAAGUGUUGACCUUACUCCUCCAACACAAACGCCAGAUGACGAUUUCUAAAGCAGACGAUCGACAGCUUCUGAAGAUACAAAAAAUAAAGGAUAUCGUCGCCCUACCCGCCGACAAGGGCUGCUCGACUGUCUUCAUGGAUAAGGCUGAGUACUGCACAAACUAGGCAACCUCAUUAUGGAUAAGGAAGUUAAUGCGCCAUCGACUGUCAAGGGGUUCAAAAAGCUCGUAAACAGCAUAAACAAGACGAUCAGCAAGCUGAGGAAGGCGGGCGCUCUUACUAGAAGCGAAGCGCUGGCCGCAAAAGCCAGCAAUAUCGCAAUGGUGCGCUUCUACGACCUACCAAAGAUCCACAAGGCGGGAGUGCCGUUACGCCCCAUCGUCCCCUUACGUGGGAACCCCAACCUUUGGGCUGUCAAAGUGGCUGUACCAGCGGCUUUGUUUCCUUACCAAGGAUUCAGAGUGGACAGUGAAAUAGGCUGAAGAGUUCUUGACGCGCAUCAAUUAUCUCGAAGUGGAGGCAGAUGAGGUGAUGGUGUCAUUUGACGCGAUCUCAUUAUUCACCUCCACUCCACUCGCGUUGGCUAUCGACACCAUUGAUGGUUUUCUCCGGGAAAAGUAUGAUGAGACCGACCAACAGCUCAAACGAGCACACAUCAUCGAGCUCCUAGAACUGUGUCGUUAGACCUUCUUUACAUUCAACGGUCAAGUCUACGAGCAAAAGAAGAGGAUAAGGAUGGGCUAGCCUCUGUCUGGACUAAUUGCUGAAGCAGUUUUGCUGGUGUUCAGCUCGUACCCUUCCGCAGUUCUGGGCCAGAUACGUCGAUGACACGUUCGUUGUAAUCUAGAGGAGCGAGGUGAAGGCUUCCAAGGCAUUGCUAAACUCAAUCUUUCCCGACAUUCAGUUUACUAUGGAAGAGUAAGUCAGCAAUCGGUUGCCCUUCCUGGACGUACAAGUUACGAGAUUGACAGACGGGAAGAAAAGGAGGAUGGCUUACCGUAAGGCAACAAAUACCAGGCGCAUCCUCCACUUCCAAAGCAACCACCCUGUUAGUCAUAAACGCAGUCUUGUCAGAACUCUCUUUCAACGUGUUCAAACACACUGUAGCGACGACAGUGGGAGGAAAAAGGAGAUGAAUUACUUACAGGCCCUUUUUAAAGCCAACGGCUACAUAAAGUCUUUCAUAUGCGAUUGCCUCAAAAGGCCUCAUUUUGAGCGGUAGAGUGGAGAAAAGCCCAAGUUCUGGCUCUUAAUACCCUGUGUGAAGAACGUAUCAGAGGAGGCGGCGAGAAUCUUGAAACCUUUUGGGAUUGGCGUGGCUCAUAAACCAAAUCAUGAAGCCCGAAAACCCGCUACCAACAACAGAACAGUCUUCGAUUGUCCACAGCAUACCAUGCCUAAAUUGCGAUGCGAGGUGUGUUGGUGAAACGGGCAAACGCCUCCGUACAAGAUUGCACGAACAACAACUUGCAAUCAACCGGAAGGACAAGCUGUCUUUGGUCUAUGGCCACAUACGAGAACUGAACCACAAUUUUGCCUUUGAGAAAGCGAGGGUAAUUGCUCGAGCCAAUGAGAAGAUGGCCAGACAGGUGCUCGAAAGUUGGUCCUCGACUGGCACACUCAACCGACCUAUAUGUCUACAUCCCGCCUACCAGGCUCUGCGUACAAGGCUCGGAUCAGUCCGGACAGGACCAGUAAGACAAGCGAGCACGCGGGACCGAGAGUCAACGCUCACGGAAAAGAGCGGAGUUGGGGACCAGAGAUCAUGUGACCAAAGCCGAGCACUGUCUCACCGAUGCGCACGCGAAUCUGUAUGCUGCUCACAUGAACAGCAACGACCGAUCAGUCAACCGGCUGACGUGGGAGAGGCAAAGCGACACGUUGAUUUGACUACAUUUACUCCGACCCCAAAGGGGACAAAGGUCACGCAGGCCUGUCAGCGGUCAGCCCGGGGGAGGUCUAAGUCAGUCAGCGGCAAACAGGCAGGUCAAAGUUCGUGCGUCGAGCACGGAUAUAAUACGAGGCAAGCGGCAAAACUAAACAUACUCAGCCUUCCCUUGCUGACUCCCCGUACGUCAAUAACUCUAGACUAACUGGUACUUAUUCUCCAAGUGUCAUUAAUUCGCAGCUUACAUAUCCACCUCCAAAUUUUUUUAAAUACCGUCGAAAAUAGCAUUGCCGUUCGAAACACAUUAGAUAUUAUAUUAUUGAAUGCCAGGUCUGUUAUAAACAAGAUGGCCCAAAUCAGAGCCAUUGCUCUGGAAAUGACGUCUGAUAUUAUAUGUGCAACAGAAUCUUGGCCACAUUCUCUGAUUCCUGACUCUGCCCUUCUCAUAGAUGACUUCGAUUUUUACCGCCAAGACCGCACGACUAGGCGUGGGGGUGGUUGUCUUCUUUAUCUUAAAUCCUACCUAAAGCACUCUCCCUAUUACUUGGAUGUUUCCUCAUUCACGGGAAACUUCUGCUUUGCAUCUGUUAUUCUCUCGCCGCAAAGAAAGGCAAUUAUUGGCUGUAUCUACAAGCCCCCAAAUUCUUUAGCCAUUGAUGAUUCACAAUUCUGUGAAAUCUUUAAAUUAAUUUCGGAAGCUGCUUUCGAUGUUAAAAUAAUCACUGGGGAUUGUAACCUUCCUGAAAUAGACUGGGUUUCCAAUAGAUGUCCACCCAAAUUCCAUCACUUUCAAGAUAUUGUCAAGUUUUCUAAUUGAUCCUAACUGGUGCGCUCUCCAACAAGAGAUGAUCACAUUUUAUAUCUUAUUUCUACCAAUGACAUCGCUCCUCUUUCUGUUGCUCUAAAAAAGGACCUCUUUGACAGUGACCACGUAUUAAUUCAUUGUUGCUUACCACUUGCCUUUUCAAAAAAGACAAGCGCCGUUCGGACUUACAUGAACUACGACUGCGUAGAUAACGACUUAAUUAAUAACUAUAUGAGAUCCUUGGAUUGGUGUGGCUUCCUCACUUGUAGCGAUGUAACCAUUCUUCGUGAUGUCAUGUCCAACGUUUCCGAGGACAUCCUAGAGUUUGGGCCGCGUAGAUAUCUUAAGCCUUAUUCUUUAGAUUCCCUUGUUCCUCAUUUUCUUCAGAACAGACUAAAAAGUUGAGGCGACAACUGCGUGACCCAUCUACUAGUUCCUUAUCAGUUCAUCUUAGAAUCACAGAGAUUUUUGCGAUGGCCUCAAGGAUGCGCCAAGCGCGCGACAGGCAAAGAGAAUCAAUUGCUCUCAGUGGUUCGAACCCUGGCAAAUCCGUCGCUAACAUCUUCCGUCAUCGGUCCUCCUCUAAGCCUGGUCAUGAACUUCCACCCAUGCUAAAUGAUAACAAAGUCUUCCCCACCGAUGUCACUGACAAGACAGAGUUGUUUAGUGCUUUCUUUGCAAAACACCUUGCUACUGAGUCCGAUCCGGUGCCUUUCUUUCGAUCACUUUCAGAUACGACACUGAGUACAAUUGAUGUCUCCUCAGAUCUCAUUAAGAAACACAUAAACCAUUUUCAGAAUAAUCCACUCUCAGAAUGCCUCACCAUAAAGGACCUAGGUCUAAGUUAUACAAAUAAACUUGCUUUAUCACCUCAUGCAGAUAAAAUCUCUGCCAAAGCCGCGCAGAUAUGUGGAUUCAUAUCGCAUAAUUUUUUCCUUCCGGAAAUGAAGCUAAGACUUUAUCAAAUGUUUGUUCUUCCAGUCCUCGAAUAUUGCUGUCCUUUCUUCGGUUUAAUGAACGCCUGCGACCGUAAUAAAAUCGAAAAUGUUCAGAGGGUUUUCACCCGGAAACUGUUCUCUCAAGCUUCGCCCAGUAUUUCUUAUAGUCAGAGAUGUCAGCUGGCGAACAUGAAGUUUUUGUGGGUUAGAAGACUCGAAGCUGGCCUUUGCUUCCUUUUUCGCAUCAACUCUAGGUCCAGUCUUCCGCACAUUGACACUCUCACUCCGAGAGAUCGGUCUUAUGCCACGCGCAACUCCUGCAUGGUGAUUCCGCCGCCUCUUUGUACUACAUCAAAGCGCUCCGUCUUCUUUGCUUCCAAAUAUGCCUUCCUUUGGAAUAAUCUUCCGCCUGAAAUUAGAUUAUCGCCUAAGUUACUGGUAUUCAAGUCGAAAUUACGCAACCAUCUUACACCGGAAAGCAUAAAGGCACUGUUAACGGUCUCAUUCCUGAACACUCAGAUUCUUGACUUCGAGAAGGGUCCUCCUGGGAUUUAGUGGUAGAUUAAGUGGUAACUCUUAAUUAUAUCAUUAGAAACCGCUGUUUUUAAUUGGUUUCUAAAUCCAUUGCUAUCCUUCCCCCCACCCCCCGAUAGCGACAAUUUUCGCGGUUUUUGAUGUCAUCUCCCGCAUUCCGACCUCAUGCGGUCUGUCGACGCUCACGGCGGAACCCUCCGUAUUCACUGUCUACUAGUAGUUCGGUCGUACCUCCCUUCCUCACUGCUCGGCUGAGCCCGAAGCGUGCUGUGGCCGAUCGCAUCUCGGUUCCUCUCGUCUGGCCUCUUUGACGCGGCGUACCAAUCAGGCCCAGACGAUCUCAAUUGUGAAUCCCGUAUACAAUGCCAUUGGCAAGGCAGUCCUGUCUGACCCACAUUCGUACCCAUCAAGGCGGACAUUUAUUGCUACCCUGACGAUGACCGACAACAUUCCGUUAUAUAACGCCACCUACAGGCCAGUCCUGCUCGCUUUUUUCUGUUAUUAUUUUUAUGGAGGGGUUUUUUUUCUCCUGUAAAAUUAAUCCAAUCAUUUUUAACUUUUUCCGAGGAGUUUUUUUUUCACCCCUCAAUCAUCAUGUUUCUCAAUGGACUUCUAAUUUUGAAACUAGGAAUUGCAUUUUGUAAAGAUUCGGCCUACCUCGUUUAAAACUCGCAUGCAAAUUUAUUUUAACUUGCUUUGAUGGGACCCCGACGGGUCUUUAAUAAAAGUUAUCUAUCUAUCUAUCUUUAGGAGCUCAAGCACUAUGCCACGAUCUGCCGACUUAUAUCGAUAUGCAACUUUACGAUCGUCGGCAUACAUGAGGCGCUUACCAUUCUGAAAUAAAUCGAGUACAUCAUUAACGAAAAGACAAAAUAAAGGCGAGCCGAGUACACUACCCUGAAUGAUUCCACUCCUCACACGUGUGGGGUUGGAGAUAGUAUUGGAAAUCUUAACUCGUUGUGUACGAGUGCCCGGGUAAGAGGAUAUAAAAUUUAAAAGUUUGCCACCUAUUCCGCAAGAGGAUAGUUUCAAGAGAAGAAGAGCACGGUCAACACGAUUAAACGCCUUAGUGAAAUCGAAAUAUACUGUGUAAAGUGCAAAACCAUUGUCCCUAAAUUGGAGAAUAUAGUCAAAGAAAGAGAGUUGACAGGUGUCGCAAGAUUGAUCUUUGAGAAAUCCAUGCUGAGCAGCACUCAGUAGGUUGUUCUCCGUUAAGUGACACAUCAUCUUAUCCUUGAUCAAUGUCUCUAAAAUCUUCGAAACUGCGGGGUGGAUGCUUAUUGGCCGAAAGUCAUCAAAUGACGUAGAUUUACCGUGCUUAGGAAUGGGCUAAAUGUGUGAUUCCUUCCACAAGGUAGGAUAAGUUUCACUUUCAAGAGCGAGAUCAAUUAUCUUGCAUAAGAGGGGUGGGAAAAUCGUAUUUGCAUAGGCUUGUAAAAUGCUUAAUGGGACACCAUCAGGUCGUGGACUAUAAGAUUGACGAAUACGCCGAAUCGCAACAGUCACAUCACGCAGAGUGGAAGUUAUAGUUUCUAGAACUGUCCCAGUCAGUGCCUGGAUGGUCGGAAGCGGAGUGGUCGAGUCUUCAAUGAAUGUUUUGGACAGGAAAUCAUUGAAGCUAUCCGCGGUUAACUGGGUAUCAACUAUGGCAUUUCCGAGAGCGUCUCGGAGGAUGGGAUGCUGCGUCUUUCGGUGAGUUCGUAUUUUUCUAGAGAAAAGUUUAGAGAGAUUUAACGAAUGGUUUUCGGUAAACUGGACCACUUCGGCUAGCUGUUUUUCUUCAGGCAAUCUCUUAGCUCGAUCAAAAAUAUCACAAAUUAAGGGCAGAACUGAAACGUUGUUCUGAAGAUGAAAUCGACGAUAAAGUCUGCGCAAUCUGUGACGAAAGGGUAAGGGUAGGAUAACCUCAUCUCAAACAUUAAUAAUUUUCUUACGGGGGACAAAACGAGAAAUAAGCGGAUCCAAAAUUUCGUACAGUUUUGCAGUGCAAACAUUAACGUCCGAACUAAGGAAGAAAUCAGUCCAGUUGUAGGAAUUAAGGUGUGUUAAUAAUUCGGUUGAGCGAGUUGAUCGGAAAUCGCGGAAAAAGUUAUACUUUGGGGACAACGUUCUGUCAGCCUCGAAUUCCAAUGUUGAAACAACCAUGUCAUGGUCUAAGCCCCCGAGUGGGCCAAGAGACGACAAAGACGAAGGUAUGCAGCCUCUACAGAAAAUCAAGUCAAGUAUGCUUGAUCCUUGGGUGGGAAAAUCGACAACUUGAGUCCACAUUCCAACAUCCACAGCCUCAAGAACGUCUUCGAACCUUCUGGGACCUGAAGGCGGAGACCAGCGAACUUCAGGGAGAUUAAAGUCGCCCGCAACCAAUUGAUAGUUAAAGCUUGAGUCGGCCGCAGCAUGAAAUGCCUGCAAGAGUAAACGAUCAAAAUUGGGAGGGCGAUAGACGCAGCCAACGAGUAAGGCGAACUUAUUUUUUAGUGCAAUUUGGAGCCAACAGCUGCCUUAAACUGCGGAAAAAUGCGGAAGGCCCAGCAGCAAAAAUGUAAGUGUUUGCUUAAAGUGGACGCAACUGCCCCCACUAUGGCUGUCUUAACGAUCAUUUCGAACGCACAUAUAGCCUAGAAGAGAGAGUUCGGAGUCAGCUACGGAGGCCGACGCCCACGUCUCACUUACUAAAGCGAUAUCUGGACAAUGGACGAACACCAGAGUCUGAAGCAAGGGCAGCUUAUUAAGCAAGGAUUUGGCACUUAAACAAAAUUUCGAGGGGAGAGGCUGUUUGUUUCUGAGGGGGGUGGAUUACGUCGUCCAGUGUUUGGCUACCUACGGUAGAUCAAGUGGAAAUCCCCACUUUUAUCUUUACAACCACCUGUUUUGAAUUGGUUAUCAAGUCCACUGCGAUCAGUCCUCCCCCACAGCGACGAUUUUCAUGGUUCUUGAUGUCACCUCUUCAUAUGAACCUCAAGCGGUCUGUCGACACACGGCGGAACCCUCUGUAAUCGCAGUCUACUAGAAGUUUGGUCAUACCUUCCUUCCCCACUCCUCGGCUGGGCUCGAAGCGGACAGUGACCGAUCGCGUCUGAGUUCCUCUCGUCUCACGAUUUUAACGCGAAUAGUCUCAUCCGGUGUAUCAAUUCUGUCCUGACUAUAUCCGUUUUGAAUCCCUUACACAAUACCACAUGCAGACCAGUCCUUUCUGAAUCGCCUACCUACCCCUCAAGGCUGACAUUUAUUUCUGCCCUAACGAUGUCCGAUUAUAAUCCGUUAUACACCGCCACAUGCCGACCAGUCCUGCUCGCAUUCUUGUCUUCUUAUGAGCGACAUUUUUAUUUCUCCUGUAAAGCUAAUCCAAUCAUUCUUUAAAUUCCUGGGUGGUUUUUUCCCUGCUCGCUCAUCAUUUUUCUUAACGGACUAUUAAUUCAGAAACUAUGAAUUGAAUAGUGUACGGAUUCUGCCUUCCUCUUCUAAAAUUCAUGUGAACAUAUAUUUUUACUUGCUUUGAUAGGACCCCGAUGGGUCUUUAAUAAAAAGUCAUUUAUUUAUUUUAUUGAUAUCAUUUCCGGUAUGCGGGCUUCCCGACAGUACCUGGGCCUCUGCCCUUGAUUCGGUAAUAUCGUAGAUGCAUGGACGCACAUCAAGAGAUGUCGGACGCCCAUCAUUUUGCUGGUACUCACCAAAAACUUAUAACAUAUAAAAGCACUUUCGAAGAAGUAAAUCUGAGAAUCUGUUACCAAAUAGACAGACGAAAAAGACUUCUGCGAUAGUGGGACUAGAACGUCGCAACGCUUGCACCAAUAAGAAUACGAUAUGGACUUUUUAAAAUCGCAUUUACAAGCACACUAAAGUUCUGUUCAGUUCAGUUUAUUAAGGGAAAUAGGCGUAAGCUUUUGAGUACCCCAUUUGCAACGUAAAAAAUGUGUGGUGUACAGAUAGAUGUUCUGGGCUGAAAUAGUUCGAACACGCCCAUAAUGGUGGGACAAAAUCAGAAGGAGUUACAGGGAGUGAGUUCGACUUCUCACGGCUCUUGGUCAUUUCGGAACAUAAAUAUGUGCAGAUUCUUCUUAAAACUUUGGAUAGAUGGUGGAAUCACAACAUCUGCGGGAAGCUCAUUCCAUGGUUUGACCACCCGAACCGAGAAGGAGAACUUCCGCACAUCCAGCCGUGCCUGCUGAGUGCGCAGUUUUAACGGGUGACCUCGGAGGUUGGUCGUGGCAGCAAAUUCAAAAAAAGUCCUCGAAGGCCAGAUUGCAAUCAAACCCCUUUACAAUGCGGAAGGCUUGCAAGAGAUCCCCGCGAAGUUGCCUGUAACUCAAAGGAAAGAGGUUCAGAUUUACUAGACGGGUUGCAUAAGGAAAGGAGCUUUGACCCCUAACCAUCUUCGUGGCUCUCCUCUGGACUCUUUUGAGGCAGUUUUGGUCCACAACAGCCCACGGCCUCCAAGCUUGUAUGCCGUACUCUAAAUGCGGCCGGACGAAUGUUCCGAAUGUCUUAGAGAAAGCUUCUUCGUCAAAGUUCAUAAAAGCACGCUUGAUGGCGUACAGUACGGACAUUGCGCUUUUUGCCACCCUCGAACAGUGGGCGGAUGGUUUAAGGGAACUCGGCGUAAGCACACCGAGGUCCCUUUGGGCAUCGACCUCUUGUAGGGCUGCAACACCCAGAAAGUAGCCUCUUGUGCUGGCGGGUCUGGCUGCGUUGCCUAGGCGAAGUAUGCUACAUUUGGCAACGUUGAACCGCAGGAUCCAACGGUUUAACCACUCCUCCAACCGAUUCAGGUUCAUCUGCAGUCUGUCUUCAUCGGCAGGACCCCGAAUUACAUUCCAUAUCUUCAUGUCAUCCGCAAACAUUGCUACUUCACAGUCUAAAUCUCUUGCGGCAUCGUCCACGUAGAUAAGGAAAAAAUGGGUCCCAGUGCUGAACCCUGGGGGACACCACUAUUGACCAUAGCCGGAGGCAAUUGUGAUAAAUAACAGUGCAGAAUUUACGCAACAUGUUGACAUCGCCUGAUGGCCCUGACAGAAUGAAAAAACUUAAAGCCGUUAUUUUGGAGAGUCAAGCUCAAACAUACCGUUGUCUUGCGUGCUACAUUUUGUGGAACGAUAUUAAGUCAGUUUAAGUCAGUGUAUUAAGGGAAUGAGGCUUUCGCCCUUGAACUCCCUGUUCAUAUCGAUAAGUAAUUUCUUAAUCCAAAUGGGCCGACAGAGCGUCCAGUAGGCAGAAAUCCCGGAAAAGGCAAAUCCCUCGGAGGUCGAAAAUUCGAAACCGAAUUCACAGGCAUUCAUCCUGUUUGAUAGCAUGUGUAAUUUGUCUUGAUUGGGCGACAUAUACGGAAAUAAUGCGAAACGUAGCUAACGUAACGCUACGACGGAUGAAAAUUGAAAGGUAGCACGAUAUGCCAUACUUGGCAACACCGGUACGAGCUAACAGCCCAAAUACAUGUUUCUCCAAUAUUCUGCUGCUCGAUGACACAACAAAUAAAAGACCAGCUGAUCAGUGGGCUCUUCAGUGGAACCAGUGUGCUUCAGUCCUUAAAUUGUAGCGUUUUAACCUCCAUAGAUAUUAUUCGCAAACUCAGGAAAAAAACCAGUAAAAAAAGACGAAGGCACGGUCACUGAAACGGUAGAUUAAUUGGCCUUAACUUUUGAACUCGAACAUGGGUUCAUCAUCAGAGACUGCCAGAGUGCAGCAACGUGCGAACAUUUAUAUCGUUGUGUCGUGUGGGGGGAAGGACUACGUCCAUGCUUAGGUCUGGUUUGUGCCGUCUGGUUCACAAUGGUCCCCCGGCAUGGUGACGCCGUUUGUACUUCGCGGCGAUGUGAGCCGGGACUGACCGUCUGCGUGGUCAUCCCUUCAAACUGCAAAGGAAGCGGGCUCAUUCGGACGUCCGACGGAACGCCUUCUCUCACAGGGUCAUCGUGGCAUGGAAUGGACUCCCUGAUGCCGUCGUUCUUUACGAAAGUGUCAAAUCCUUUAAGUGCAGACAAGAUGCUCAUUUUUGAGAACCUACUGUACAUAUAAUAAUGAUUGUUUUAGCGGCGGCAGUUUGCGCCUGGCUCACACUUACCGCUAACUUCUAAAAUUUUCGCACUUGCUGAUGUAGUUGAUGAAUUUAUUUCUGUUUAUCGAAAUGAAUGGGGAGUUCAAGGGCGAAAGCCUCAUUCCCUUAAUAAACUGACUUAAACUGAAUUAAUUCCUCAUUAUGCUAGAUAUCCUGCGUUGAACUUAGAUGCCUCAUAUAUUCCGCCCAUUGUAAAAAAGCGCUCCAUUAUUUACGCCUCAUAACCUUGGAUGGGAAGUGGCCUAUAAGAAUAGAUCGUCUGUAAUAUUUACGGGGAUAAUACGAACAGUCGUCUACAAUAAAUCCAUGUUGUCGAUUUUUUCGCUCAUAGAUUCUGAUGCCUAUUAUCGUUUCCUUAAUUCUUGUCAGCUCUCUGUACAGUACCUUUUCACUUCUUCCUCACUUCACUUCACUCACUUCACUUCACUUUUUCCUCAAAAACAUGUCUUUCCGUCAGUGUUAGGUCAGAGCGGUUUUCCUACCUUCGGUUAGUUCGUUUUCAAGAUGCUCUUUCUCUGAACCAAUUUUUCAGACUUCUGAUCGGCACUCCUGUGCUGAGCUUAGGUUUUGCGCUCAUAUGUAUUGUUGAAAAACAUGGUGGUAUAUUCGCAAGUUUUUGAUUUCUGGACCUACUUCUUCUCACUGAAUAAAUCACAAUCUUUACUAAUAUGAGCAACAGGGGUUUGGUUUGAUUCCACUCCGCUCUCAGUCCAGACAAACAAGAAGGUAGGGUUUUCGGUUUACGCGUCGUCUUUGCUUUCAUGUCAGUCCUCCUCGUAUCUUGUGCUGCCGUUUCUUCUACCAUAUUUCGGUUUUAACUUUCAAAUGACUACGUAUCACUUAUUCAUAGGUGCAUUUAAGGCCUCUUUUAUUACGAAAUAACGAAAAUAAUUCUCGUUGUAUUGUCGCUUAAGCGACAACGUUGUCAGCGUGUCCACGUCUUUUUUUUCUUACUAGCGUUCGACAUUUCAGCUUAGUCGCCUGAAGUGCCGGCCGUUUCAUUGCCUCAACGGCCCUUCAACACAUUCUUCACAGUGCUUUGUCAGCGAAAUCUAGACAAAGCUUGUGCAAGAUUAAACCGAGUAAUGUGUACUAAAAUGUCCUCUACAGGCGUUCAAACACGUGAAUCUUACGGUAAAUAGCCUCUAGUACUGCUUUUUGUCGCUCUUUUCCUUUGCCUUCCUUUUCCUACGACUAGCCUACAUUACUCGCUUUUUAUUGUUGACCUUUGUAAGGACGAUUAAGCCAUAUGCCCAAAAUCGGAAAUGCCCAUCACAGUUUCCGAGCAGUGUAGGGACUAACCCCGCAAACCUUCCCCCGUUUGUUAGGCGCUGUCAGAUGAAACUUUACUGCAGUCGACAGCACCACUAUGUCUAUUUGGUCUUCGUUAGCGGUUGUGGUCGGGUUCGACGAAGAUGCCCAAACUUUUUUCAUUUCUACAGCAUUAUGCAGUACUACCGUCCACGGCAGCCUUAUCCGACUGCUGGGGCGCCAGACUACCUGCCUCCAUCCAACGUCUCGCCACUGCCAAGAGGGCGGGCGCCACCUCCAUACCGCGGUCCGGAUAUGUUCCCACCUGGAGACUCUUAUCCUCGUUUUCCACCUGGCGGUCCAAUGUAUCGCACCCCAUCGCCGUCUCACCCCUCACAACAACCUCAUUCAUCCAUGCACUCGUCUUCCGGGCCCAUGUAUGAUGGCGCCCACCCAGAUUCCCCUGCCGGUUAUGGGAUGAACAGCCGGAGUUCGUUUCCGCCCCAAAGCAGACCGGAACGAGGGCCUCCACCAGGCUCAUAUUCUUCCAGUCCACGGCUUAAGCGGCCUUGUAAGUAGCGCGCCGGUUCGAAACUUGUUCAUUCUUUACUGACUGACUUGAAUUGUGAUGGUUGUAAUCACUGCUGGCCGGGCCGGCUCUAUUGUUUACAGUCUCACGAAACAGUACGAUCCUUCCUCUUUUGCCGUCUACAAGGUUCAGGACAAUCGUUUAUCUAUUGGUACCCCUUUCUUGAAGGAAGACACAAACCUAGCACUCUUCAGGCUUAAGUUAAGCGCCUGGUCGUUUUUCAGUUUGUCUGCCACAAGAGCUGCACAAACCAGGACAGGGAUCCGGAGCUGUGAUGUUGUGGCCUGAUUGUCCUAAAAUCAGUGGAGUGCCGAACCUUCCACCGGGUCAUCAGCAAGUGUGUUAGGUCAACGGUAGAUUCCUGCGCUUGGAACGGCGGUCCGAGCAACCGAAGUCGCAGUAUUCUAAUGGGACCAGUUUUCAGUAAUCUUGAGUCCACAGGUUAACAUCGCUGAUGAGCUGCGCUUCGCAUCUUUGAAGUGGGGGAACUCCGAAUGUUACCACACACGAAUAUUUUUCAUGCUGAUUUUAAUAUCAAAUCACGAGCCGUUCAGGAAACAAACGAGCAUGCUGCGUCCGCCUGCUCCCGUCAAAGCAGCUGAGCGCCUCUAACCUCACCAUUUCCAGCAGUGAAGGGUCUCCCGUUUGGAGGUGCGGCUGCUGAGCAAUACUUUGGUUAAGCCAUAGUUCUGAUGAGACUCAGCUUUAAGCUGGGUUUGCGGUUUCGAGGGCGAUGUGGUUAGGAGUGCAUUAUACUUCUUCAUGGAGCUGUCAAAACAGGACGAUAUCCUCGGCAUAUUCAAGGUCUGAGACGAGAUUUUUCCAUAAGUGUGUGUCCGUUCAGUCUUGGACUUUUGUGACAGGAAUUGAGAGGAAGGAACCUUGAGAAGGGCACAAUCGUGUCUGAAGCCAGUGUUGUUGGUGGGGAACCCCUCCAACACCCUGUAUAAUCGAACGUUGAAUGAGUGGUUUGGUGUUUUAAGCCCAGAAGCCUUGAGCACACACCUUCGAAUAGUUCUCUGUCGGCGGAAUUAAAUCGACUGAAUGAACCAGGAAAGCAAGCAAUCACUAGCCAGAGCAACACCCUUGCUGCAGUACGUUUUCCAGUUUAGAUAUUUGUUCGACAACCUCCGCCUUGUCGACGGCUAUUUUUUACUUUUGAGUGCGCCUAUGAAGUCGUGGAGGCGGUUCAAGGAGAUUCAAGGUUGUAGAACAUGCCGCUGGGUCUGCGGUUGUAGCGUUUUGACAAAUCCUAUUUUUGAGCAUAGGUUGUCGAAAACCAGGCCCAUGGCUAUUCGCGCUGAUAACACGCUCAAGCAACACAGUUAUCUCGUUUUCUUCCUCGACUUGUAACCCAGGCAAGUUCAGCCCUUGGCAGGUGGCCACUGUUUGAGGACUUAUCAGACGUCAUAUACCGUGAGCGCCUCAAAAUAGCGUUCAUAUUAGGGACGGACGGUUGCUUGAUAAUGUCGUCCAAUGGCAUUUUUGCGUUUGCCACGCCUCCAGACAUGCUUCAAGAAAUACAUGAAGUUCUAUCAAAAACAUGAGGCGGUAAGGCUGGUUCUAUGGUUGUGAAGCCUCCUACCAUCGUCAUCUGAAUUCAAAUGUCAAAACAGUUUUUAACUGUAUUAGUCAUAUGUUAUUCCAAAUUAAUUCAUUCACUUUAUGGCUCAGUCCCCAAUUUGCGAGUCCGAUUUCUUCCCCAAGCGAAUUGCCUCCCGAAAAGACACUUGGUGCGUCUGGAAGUGCUUUUUGACUUAAUUGGGCUGUGAGGGCUCAACGACACUCCAGUCUUCCUAAUUACUGGCACUGCAUCUGGGAAGUACCGAUUCCUCUAAAAAUAACAGUAGUUUUGUCGUUUCUGCGAUCACAACCCCUGACAGACGUUAAAAUCAUACCUGCUAACUGGUCAUGAGACUACUGUUGAGUCUGAACCAGGGUUUAGAAUUAGCCAACUCUGUCAGGUUAAAAAGGACAAAGAAUUAGCCAUUAUAAGUGCCCAAGGCCUUCUAGAUGCGCUGUUCACAAUAAGCCGAAGAAAAUUUUUUGUUCGUUUUAUAGGCGGACCGUACAACCACUUGAAUUCAUUCAGUAACUUAUUUGAGACUAAUUGCGAAUAACCCUACCGAAAAUACGCUAAGACUUACACUAAUUAACGAGUUUAAACUUAGGGACUGCUUCCGUGCUUCUAUCAUGGCAUACAUUCUCGGCUGAGGAACUAAACUUUUGGCGGCACACUGAAAUGCAGUAUGAAUUAAUGCGUAAUGCAGUAAUUCAUCCACCACCUUAUUUGCGACUGUUAUGGAUGAUGGAUUCGAGUGAGAAUCCGAAGUGCCGGUCGAAUAGACGCCUUGUUUCACUGAUUGAAUCUCAUUCCUCGUCAACUGAUAAUUCUGUCGACAAGCCGCAUCAGUAGAAGGAUGGCGUUUACCGGUUUUCUUUCUCAGUGCGGUUGGACUAUCUUGUCCUUAAACGCAGGAUCAAGUACGAGAAGUCGCGAUUACAGGAUCAAAAUAUGCCAAGUAAUUCUAUUCGUUCCGUUAGGUAGGCGUUGGUGAUGUCACACAAAAGUCAAAAUAUACUUUUCCGGGGUUCUUUGCUUUUGAGUACUACUUGCAAGAUUCCUCCACUUCAGUAGUUGAUGAACAUCACAUUUUUUUCGUAGAUCCAAUGUCUGCUCAUGCCGGGGGAUUUUACGAAAGGCCGAAAAGUGAAACGCCGCAAACACCGCCCCCUCAGCUUUAUUGUGAAUUGUGCAAGAUAAGUUGUUUUGGACAAGCCUGCUUCGAUGCACACAUGGUUGGACAGAAACACAAGAAAAGGGCUAGUCAACAAGAGGUAACCCACUACUUUUUGUAAACACACUUUUGACGGUAUUUGAACAAGCCCUUGGUUCAGCGUCCGGGGAAUGAGUAGGGGAUAAAGACGAGCUGAUCGAGUAGGUUACAAUCUGCGAACAUCCAUAAUCUACCUGGGAUGAUAGAGGAGCGCUCACCGAUCGUUUUUGCGGAAUUCACUCGUGCUAUUGUGCCUUAGGGCUCUCUCGAGCUCAACCAGCAGCCGCACAGCGGCGCGUGAUAUAGGCAAUGCUAUUCCAUCUAGGCUGCUGCACUGAAAGUCUGCAUGACUGCGGGAAAUCGAAAAAAAACAAACACUAACAGCUCAUUACUACUUAUUACCGGUGGUCUUCCGAUUUCCUGUAGUUUGUUAUCUGCGUUGUAAAAGCUCCGGAUGGUAUUUUAAUGCUGCACUAUUGUUUCGUGUAGGCCGCACUUUUAGGAGUAAGUGUUGCUUCAUUUUGCGCAGAAAUUAAGAAAUUUUUGACAGAGUUCAGUCAUUGAGAAGUUUUAGCAUAAAAGGUUGAGGUGAUGGGAUUUGUUAGUAUCAGUCAGUAUACUUGGAGUAAAUGACAGAAGCCCUUAAAUUCCAUUUUAACGGCACAGACGUCAAUAGAAUGUAGUUAAUUUGCAAAAUUGUUUACGUUUUUAGCGUGCGGAAUGCAUAAAACUAAUGGCAAAGCAUAAAUGUGAAAAAAUGUCACAUUUGCGAAGCAACGGCGAAAGAACACGCUCACUGCAUUCGCACUGCGAAAUUUUCAUCAGGGUGAAGGUUAGAGACGCUCACCGAUCGUGUUACAGACCUCACUCGUCCCGUUGUGCCUUAGGGCUUCUUUGGAGCCCAACCAGCAGCCGCACAGCGGCGCGUAAUAUAGGCAGAAUAGGUAUGACUGGUUGACGACGGCUAAUAGGCCAGAAAUAGCCAUUCGGUAAUGUUAUUCCACAAAAGGUUCUGUUGAAAUCAUUCCAGUAGUAUGUUUAGUCAUUUCAGUAAUCCCCUGGAUGGGGCUUGGGGAGUUCGGGUUGCCUUUUAACGGGCAAUUAUCCAGAUGUCUCUUGAGCACACUCAUGGGGAGUUUAUAACAUACGUCGGCAAAGAAUUCCGUUGGCGAACGACGCUGUGAGAAAAAAGAGGAACGUUGCUUGGCGUGGCACAGCGCCUUUUUAAGUUGGCAAUCGCGUCCACUGAAACUAGUCUUUGGUACCACUUCAAAAAGAGUUUCCCAGUCGACACCCAGACUAAGUUUUCUCGACAAGUGAAACGUUACUAUGAGAUCGUCUCUGUCCUGCCGGUAGUGGAGGGGAUAGAGAUUAAAGGCUGUCAGGCGCUGCUCGCACGUAAAAUUUUUCAGUUCACGAACAGCUUUUGCAGUACGUCACUGUACAUUUUUUGGACUUCUCUGUCACCGUCAGUCAGUAAUUUGAACCCUAGGCCGCACCUCCGAUAUUGCAACUCAAGUCACUUAAUCAUCGAGCAACUCCCACAGCACUAUCCUACGGCUUCACGUCAUGUCGACCAAAAUGGGAAAUAUUCAGUCAUGUUCAAAUAGUGUUCGUCGAUAUAUCCUGAUUGGGAGACCGAAGUUGUAACUUCUGCCCUGUAAUUAGGAUAUAUCGGUACGUGCCACCCUUUUAUGAUAAAGUAGACUUACCUAUCAUCAGCACAAGUCUCUGUCUUAAGCCAUUUUCCUAAUCGUUUCAGCCAUUCAAGACGAUUUCGCACGGAUAGAAACCGCUGCCUUAACAGUAGAUAUGAGUAACUAUUUUUCCUCAGUGCGUUUAUGUAGUCAGCCGCAGAAGUGCAUGCGCACCAUUAGCGAGAGCGCGCGGACCAUCCACCCGCGCACACCGUGCAGCCAUUAGCGGUCUGGCAUCUUGCAGUCCUCCUUGAUCGCGCGAUUCUCUGUCACCCUACACCACCACAGGUCCACGUUACUUCAUUGCAUGUGCUGGUUGGGCUGCUUGAAGCCUGCGCGGGUUCUUAGCUAUUGUCGUGCAUGUGUGUAGUGCACUUUCUAUGGAAACCCACGUCGCAUUAAUUACCCUCGUCCAAUCUCACCAGUCUGCCGACAGGCUUGGACAGGAAAGGGAGAGGGUUGGUCUGAUACUGGGUAGGCAUCCUUGUAGCACUUCAAGUGAGUCCCACUAUAAUGAUUCCGACGCGAUUAAGCCGAUUGCGUCGGGCCAACAGUUGCGUCAAUGGAGUUUCGGCCCGUAGAUAGUAUCGAUUUCUUUUUCCGGUCAUUAUCGUUUGGAGGACCGGAGAUCUGUCACCCGGACUAAGUUGGAACCUGCAUAGGAUAGGUACUUUAGAGCACUAUUGCCUACAAAACUUAGAUUGAAUAAAAAGUCGUAUUCUUACGAAAACAACCACCACGCGAACCUCCGACAUCCGUAUAUGCUGUCCACUAGCCACCCUGGUCAUCUUCAGGUGAUGUGCAUUUCUGGAGUGUGCCACCUGACCUCGACUCGCUUAAGUCAAACAAGGAAGAUAGGGCGUUUGUACUUUGAAAGACCGCAUAGUAGACGCUAUCUUAUAAAGUUGGGAGUACUUGACUUGCCGGUCAUAACUGUCGGGGUAAUGACCACCAAUGACCAGGAAUUCACAGAUUUGUCGUCUUUGAAAGGCCCCCCUUUUGAUUGUUGAUGUUUACUCUCGCUCACUUAUCAUUUAUGAAUUUUCCUCAGGCCCUUAAAAAACUUGGCAUUGAACCCGGCUCCACGGGUUCAGGGAAACUAAGCGAAUUACGGUGCGCGCUUUGCGACGUAAUCUGCACCGGAGCUGACACCUACCAAGCACACCUCAUCGGAAAGCAGCACCAACGUACUCUCCGACUGCACAAAGCCCUGGGCAAACCAGUGCCUGAGUGUGAGUUGCCACCCAAAGCGUCUACUGCCCCCACAUCUACCGAGGACCGAAAGCCGACCGAAAGUGAACUGACGGAGGCGUCGGGAGCUGCAGUUCCCGAGAGUAGGCGUUCACGCGAUAUUCAUGUUGCUUACCAGCUGUCGUUUUAAGACGUACUAUUUUUCGCACCCGCGAGGCUGUCUUAAGCACCGGUAUUUCUUUCGUACCUUGCUAGUUUUCGUCUGAUCUCCACCGCUUGUUUUAAAGUUCAUUAAAGCGUCCACCGGGUACUCCAGACUCGAGUGAAUUUUUGCUGCUCAGAAUUGUUUGUCGUGCGCGUGUGAGGUUGUGCCUUCAGGUGGAAAAAUUCAUGGAGUUCUUGGGCUUCUAUUGGAGUUCAGUUAGUGCUAGAGCUUGACGUGUAACUUGUGAUAUCCAGUAAUCCCAUGCAUUCAGUAGUCUCAUUAAAAGCUAAACCCAUUCCGGGCUUCAGGUGUUCACUAAGUCGACCGCAAGAACUGCUUUGUGUUAGUAGAGGGGAGUUAAUGUCAAAUGUUACCAGAAGCAGUUAGAUCAGGUCAUUUUCUUGCAAUCUUCACAUUUCUACGAAUCCUCCUUACCCAUGUUCUAAGUAAUAUUCUGCCUCUUAUAACCUUAGUUUCCUACACUACAUUUCUUUACGUCGAUUUACAUACCAUUUGCCGUAUUUGUUACUGGGCUCACAUUGUUCUCUCGUUGUGUAGAAAAGCCUACCUCAACGCCCGCCGAAUCUCCGCUCAAGGCUGAAGACCAAAGCAUAUGCGAUGACUGCGUUGAAUUGGUGAGUAUACAGCCUUCUCAGCGAGUUAAAUGGGCACUAAAAGGGCAAUUUCGCAGUUGACACAUUUUUCAGACAGGGUUGCGAGUUCUCAUUCAUGCUUUCGGCUAGAUUUCGCCAGCAUUAAGAUUGCCUUGACACACAGCGGCUACUUGCCUUGUAGAUCCUCUCAAAAUGGUUCCACCUUAGCCUCCGUUUGUCUUUCAGUCAGGCAUGUAAAUGCACAAGAGUCCCGACUUUAUGCAGCUCGUGAUAAUGGUAUUCCGCGAGAUUUGAUUAAAUUACUGGUGUAUAGGAGAGAAUAUAAACGAGUCGAUGUAGCCCGAAGUCACCGCGUAGCUCCCUACCAUAGAUAAUCAAAUGCGCUUUUGCGCCAUCACGACGCGUUGACAGUUGUGGCUUGGGAAGCCUCCAACUGUGUGUGGACGCUCGCGAUAGAUACUGUUAAUCAGGAAGCGGCGUCCACCUUGGCGAGGUCGCCGGAACUUACUGUUAGACGUGAAGGUACUUAAGAUUUGAUCCGCUUGUCACGUGAAAGCCUAUCGGUUCGACUUCCGACCUACUGAUCCCUGAAAAGUGUUUUAUAUCGCUUAAUGAUCUUCCUAUCCUGGUCCUCACAAACAUUGUUCUCGCUGCCUACCGCCGGUUUUGCGCCAACACACAGCCCCUUCCAUUUAUCAACAAUAACAAGACCUUGUUCUGCGAACCCAUAAUUUACUGCUAGGAUUAUAGUUCUGGCAAUCCUCUCUCCUCUAGGUCACAUCUGGACAUGGCCUCAGUUUCCGCUGCCAGCUGUGCAACUGCUUCUUUACAGACCUACACGCCAAAGACCUUCAUCUAAAGGGCAAGCGACAUCAGACCCAACUUCGUAAAUUGCAGGCCCCUCCACCGACACCAAACUCGGUAUGUUCCAUCUCUUGAUGGCCUCCUUUCGCUCUAUACGAGUUUUGUUAAUCCAAAACUAAAAUUUUCACUAAUACCCACAGGAAACGUAGCCGAAGAAUGUAUAACAAUAUCGAUCAUUCGAAUUCUACAUUUCUUUGAACUCCAUUUGCCCCUCUCUUAACCCUGAAAGUAUGCACAUUGAAUAGAACAAUGGCUUGAAUAGUAAUUGUACCAAGCACUCAAACCAUCAUUAUUAACUUCCUUAGUUAUUGAAAGUGUCAACCUAAGAACGCAAAACUUGUGCGGUUUUGCAGAAACCUUGGUCACUUAGGAGGUUAAGGGUAGAGUUUAUGACACCUGCGUCCGAUUGGUGCAUAUGGCCAAAACAAGAAUAGAAUGGGUUCUAGCCCGUUACUUGUGGUGAAACACGUACGUGGGCGGUUAGCCGAAUAAAAUUCUCAUGCAUCCAUUCCGUAGAAAGGUAUUACAAUCGACUUUUGCCCUUGUUCAGUCUCUCUAGAAGAGGAAGCCGGGCGCAAUGAUUUCUAAUGUCAAAUAUGAGCACUAAUGGUAGCUUUCACCAACAACGGCAGAAGCGCAGCGUUGACCCAUUAUUAUCAGUGGUAGCUUUCACAAUGCCCAACGCGAAUACUACCCGCAUCGCAGUUUACUAGAUGGUUUUCGGGUUUAAAGAUCUCUUGGUGGCCCUUGAUCACUUUUUAUUGAAAUACCCAAGCACGCUAGCUCCAAGCCUGUUUUAUGGAUUUGACGGCGUUUAUCUAUCCAGCAUAUCCCCUCAGUAAUUCUAACCUCGGCUAUUCCCUCGUUUCUUCAUUUGCGUCAAGGACACCAAUCUGCCACUAAACAAGACAGUCCGUUCCGGCUAUAUGCGGAGCGUUUGCUGAGCUGGAGGAUAUAGGUGUUCCUCCAACCGUUUUCUGUAGGACGCGUGUGACAAAGCCGUUUUACUUGCUGUCAUUUCUGCCGGACUUUCAUACCGACUAACGUGUUAACUCAUUCUUCUAUUUUUUGUUUUUUUUUAUCACGACUACUAUUUUAGUUCUUUCGAGUUACUGUGAGUAAAUUUUUCUAAAUUCUUGCUUUCUGCUACAACAUCCCCCUUUUAUAGCUUGGAAGAUUCGACGACUUGGAGGAGGUAAUGACCUGUAGAUAGGUCUGCAAUGUCUUAACUGAUCCUAAUGUACUUCCACAAAGAGCCGACUAUAUGCAAAAUCGGACUCAGAUUGAUAAGCUAGCGUAUCGCUACAGUUGAUGAGCUGGCCAUUUCAGGAGGGUGUGGUCCAGGGAGUCCGACUAGCGCUUCCAUCAAAACGAAGUUGACGAAAUUGCACAGACCCAUAGAGGGGCCCGCCAUUUCUGGUUUACUGGGUUUCUGGUAGGAUGCACUCUAGCCCUCAAGUAGGAGGGCAAAGCGACGUAUAAUAACCGCCUAUGUUAACCUUUCUUAGCCAAAAUGCUUGAGGGUGUCAUUCUUAUGAACCGGUGGGAACAGGCGCGGGGAGCUGGGGGUCGGCGGCAGACACGGGGUUUAAGUCGGCUAGGUGGUGUAUUAAGCAACUAUUCGUCUACCGAAGUCUAGGUUAACCGCCACUAAAAUAGGGAGCAGACCAUCAUUCACUUCCCCCGACUUGAUUGUGUGGAAGACCCAACGGAAGUUCCUGUGACGAAACAUGAUUUUCGGAGGGGUAUCUAACCAUCUACGGACACACCAGCUGCCGCUUGCGCAAGAUUGUUGUUGAACUGCUAAAUGCGAUUCGCACAAUUUCUUGGAGCCUUCCAAACCUCUAGCCAUCGUCUCCUCCGUCCACCUCUAUUGCCUGUGUGGUACUGGAAGAAGGGCGAUUUUAGUACACGUUGACAAUGUGUACCCUGCUUCUGGAGGGUAGGAUGUUGUAUUUUCGUCUGUCCAGCGGUAAUGCCCACCUGUAUCGGCUAGAAGCAUAUCAUGUGCUAUCAGCAGUACACUGGUUCUAGGCCAGUAAAAUGGACUUGUAUAGUUUCCCGUCAUAGAGUGGUACUCAGAAAUUGACUCAUUUUACAAUGAUUGCUUCUACCGCUUAGUGAUUUGCACCAAUGGCAGGGGAUUGCGGUUCCCAGAUGAAGUGGCGAAUUUGGUUGUCCGUAUAAGGUGACUAGUCUUUCGUGCACGAUUGGUGUUAUAGGGCGCGCGCGCAUUACGCUCUGCCCACCCCACCUGCCACCUGUUUUGUCAAGGUCGACGGGGCGGGUCGUGCACCCCCCGCUGGCCAUUGAGCGGUGUCAUCCGCUUUCCGCCAUAGUAAUUUAUCGGUCAGAGCGUCGCACGAGUUCUCUACACAGGGUCGUUUGGUCCGCAGGAAGCUUGGUAUGACUACUGGCCACGAUUUGCAGCCACGCUCAUUGCAGCGGCUUUGCGCUGCGAUCGCCAUUGCCGAUCACCACCUCGACCUCGAUAAUUGAAAUUAUUCUCGGCUUAGUUAUCGGUAGCCUAGGCUCUGGUUCCGCACUUCCAGUUCGGUGUAUGCCGAUGACCGAAUACGCAGCAGCGGUGAGGAAACGUGACGUUAAGUCUCCGAUUGCGGCUCAUUCGAUGGGACCCGGCCACAUCUUAAAGUUCGACCAACCCGAAAUUCUCGUAAGAGGUAAAAUCCCCAUGAGCCACGAGCAGCUGGAGUCAUGAUUAUUCGACCCGCAGUAUAUUACUAAGCGCAACCACCUCUCAUCAUCCUAUUCAGUGCUGAGACUGCCUGAGCAGAGUGAUUGUCCACACGGGGCGCACACACCAACACCGCUUCCGGUGAUGGUGUCGGCGAGUAGAACUGCGGAGUGAUUGCCACACCGGCAAUCAACAACGGUGAAGAAAUUACGACAGUUAAUGACUCGGAUAUGGAGGAGCAAGUAAUUGCGAUCACCGAAACUGAAUGUGGGAGGUAUGUGUUUGCAUGACCACUGCGUCUUAUAAGUACUGCAUCCCCUGUGCGUUCACUAUCUAUGACCGUCCCGUGAUGCUGGGUUCGGGUGCAAAUCCGAAACAUCGUCAGUCGCGGUGGUCGAACUGCGACGUUUCAAAUAUAAUCAAGCGACGAUUAUGGCGCAUCAUUGAGAAAGCUUACAAUGAAGCUGAACGCAGUGUUUUUGCUAAGACGAUCCCAAUUUAAAGGACGAAGAAUGCCUUGCUAUUGCACGACAUCUCGAAUCGCGUUUAUGAAUCAGCAUGCACUUGCGGAUGCAAGUACAUUGGACAAACGCAAAAGCAGCUGACAACCAGAUCAUUUGAGCUGAAGUCGGAAAAUAAAGUCUCCCCUCCUUCCAUUACAAGACACCUUGUUAGAGGUCACUCUGUUGACCUCUAAUUAGCCUACCGAGUACUCGCUUGGGCAUAAGCAACCGGGACAUUGUGCUGCUUGGCAGUGGCCUAUAUACGGUGGAGAAACCAGACCUAUGCAAACGGUUAGACCAUAUGAUCAGCCUUAGGUUGCCCCAGUAUAAUACUCAGUCCUUUAAUUCGCAUGCCGUCUGUGUGUUGGCUAUCUCCUUUCCACUCUAGCGUUUCAAGCAGCCCCUUUCGUAAAUGAAACCGUAUGCACUGAACAGUGACAUCGUUGUUUCCGCAUUAAUUUUCUGUGAAAUUUCAACUUUAUGUUCCUUAUGCUAUGCAGCGACGGGUGACAGCCGAUGAGCUGUCGCGAAAUUUAUUGGUACCCGUAAAUUCUACUGUUUACGCGUGGACGGUGUGGUCUUCGGCUACGAAGUUCUAGGUCUAGUUCCACUUUCGCACCGCCCAUUCCCGGUCAGACGAAUUAUGAGAGCAAUCAAGUUUUGACUUUGGACCUCCCAGUAACGGAAGACGUCGUGCUAAACGUUCCACGGUCAUCAGCUUCGCUCCAGCAUUAUUUUAACCCAUGCCUUCCCCCUUUGGGCUAAGCCGGUAGCAUGACUGUACGCGGGCAUGCUAACCAGCACUAUAUUCAGAGCCGAUUUGCGAUCCCAACCGCCACACCAGGCCCGUCGCUAUUACCAUGAGUCUGUUGUUGUCAAUGACAGUUGGGUUUCUAGUCUGAAGACCUUGAAUUGAAAUUUCCGAAGCAACUGACGCGCGCAUAUAUAUCAUCAUUAGAUCUCACUUCUUGUUAAUUCAGUUAAGCGCACCAUCGUCUAGCAUAUACUGCCUUGCGGAGCUCUACAUGGACGCGGUGCAUCGUUUUACUGUUUCCUUUUGUCUCAGGAGAGGACCCGACCCCAGCCAUGGUCUCGACCAACCCAACUGGGACCGCCCUCUAUCCAGGGUCUGAACGGCUCCGCCGCUAUCGCUUGGGGUCCGCGGUUGCCGAAGAUGAACGGUCAUCGUCCGACCGGUGUCGGCGGAGGCGUUGGCGUUGGGUAUAACGAUGGUUUCUUCAUACCACCGUACUCCUUUGGCUCGCCCUCUUAUUUCGGGCCAAACGGUCACAUGUCUAUCGGGGAUCUACGCUAUAUGCAUACCAAACUGCGUCAAGUAAUGCCUACCGAUGCCGAAACUGAGGUAAGUGCACCGGCAUUGUAUUUUGUCUCAGUUUUCAACACCAAAUUUAUUCAUACGAACAUGAGCCACCCGCUUUUUGGAAUCUCCCCCACUACCCUUAGUCACCGCCCUGAAAUCAAAUUUCAGUCUCCUCUGGUCGGCCUGCAAGUUUUAACUGAAACUACACCACUUUUGACAGGAUCGCAUGUAAUGGAAUCUCAGCAGUACUUCACCCUAGAUCGGGCGUUUAAUUCGUCUCGACAUGGAUUUAUUUUGUUUAGUUACGUUUCCUCGCACACUUUGGUUUGGAAAACUAAAGGUUGAUACGAGGAUUAUGUAAACGCCCGUAUCAAUUUGCGUUUGUUUAAUGCGAUGUUUAGUAACCCGUUGUCUCCCGAAUUUACAAAGACCGUAAAGCGUCGGACUACUCUGUUUUAGGUGUUUAUUCUGAGGAAUUUCUGUUUGAAUGUCGGACGAAACACGCAUAGUGCUUUUUAAUACCUUGUCAAACGUCUUAUCUAGUAAAUCAUCCGUAAUUCCUGGCCUGCUGUGGCAAGAUUUUGAUUACUAAUUGCCAUUUGCCAUCAUAAAAGUCAGACAGACCACCUCUGGGACUAAAUACUCAAAAGCAGGUAGUAAUGAUCAAUGCCUCUGAUUCGACAACAUCGAGCUAAACCUUUGACUACCUGUUGUGACACUUAUUCUUGACGAAGCACCGACAAGACCUGUUGCCACACAGCUUUCCUGUCGGCCUUCAAGGGUCGUUGUAGAACCCGCAAAGCCGUCGAUCUUAAAGGCCUUCUCUGUGUAGUGUCGAACGCCCUGUGUGGAGUGCUUAUGACGUGGUCCAACACCCACAUAUAAAUGGAUUGAGAGGCCUCACCGACUAAUGGCCUCUUGUCUUUCAGUAGCUGCGCAAAAGGCCCACUAGUCGCAGCGGUAGGACCAGACCUCGCUUGUUCCAGGAUCCGCCAUAAGCAUGAGUAGAUUUAAUGACGAAUGAUUUGCAUUUUCAACUACCACAAAAGAUGACCUUAGUGGCAGAACUGCCCGUCUGUUAAGGACAUGCUUUCAUUUGCCCUCCAUCUAUGGGAUAUUGCGCAUUUUUAUUCGGAAAUUACUUCAAUAUUAGCUGCUAAGAUUUCCCCAGACUCGCAUGCUAGCAGACACAGUUGAUCAUACAUAUCUUGCCAACAGAUGGUUUACAGCUCUCCCUCUUUUACUAUCAACCUUGCCUCGAAGAAGCUAAAUGUUACUGUCUUUAAAUCUUCAGAUGAUCCGACUGGCCGUUACUGCCUGUGAAAGUGCUCUUAAACAGAUCAAUGACGCCAAGAAGUUCGCAGAAGAAGAGCAAGAAGCCCUCAAUGCUACCGCUAUCAAGGAGCAAAAGGCGGAGGGCCAGAGUAGCGAGGAGAAACAGGGAGAAGAGGCUGCGACGACCAAACCGUCGCCAAAGAAAGUGACGCCCCCGACACCGCCCUUCCGUGGUGUCUUCCGCGUGGGCGCUCUGGCCACCGGCCUCCUUUUGUCUGGUGACAGAAAAGCCGACCUGGUCCUCGUCUGCAACCGAUGGCCAACUACAGAUGAUAUAGUAGAAAUUGGUGGCGAGCUGGAAGCCCUCGUAAAGGUGCGUCCUUAAGCUAACAUUUCGGCGCUGGUUAGCCCUACACUGACUUAACGGUUUUGUCUGACAGCAGACGCUUUCCUCCAUCUGCCCAUACUCAGCGAGUCCGGAGGUCAGGGCUUUGCUUUUAAAACUACGGAGUCCAACGGACGCCUUCGACGCGCCUUUCAUGAAGCUGUUUAAGGCCUUUUGAUGCCCCAUCGUCCCACAAAAUGACCCAUCGUCAUGUAUUGCCUGUAGCUGUCAUUUAAUUGCACUCACUUCCUGAUUUCGAACUGGACCUGCUUAGUGCUUGAGCAGGCCGACACUACGUCUGUUCAAAAGGGCUAGUGAGUUGUCUUGGCGAUUUUUAAAUGGCAGUAACUUGCUCUUCGGAAACCCACAUUGCCACUCGCUACUGAUAUUCUUACAACUACUGAUGACUUAUAGGUACACAUGUCACCGAAAUCUAAGUAGAUCACUUCGAUUUUCAGUGAAUCUUUGGCCGCAAGGACACACUCGAUGAGUUAUACCCGUGUAAGGAAAUUUGUCGUCUACAGGAAAUCUGUAUCUUACCUGUGUGCUGAGUCUUCGUUCAUGUGGGAUUCUGAUAACGCCAGGCUCGACUUCUUUCUGCGGUUCCUUAGUCCGGCUCAUAGUGUCGGUGGCUUUACACCUUAUCCGUUUACCGGUUUGCUCAUGGUCGGCUCGUUCAUGUCGACCCUUCCGGCUAGUUUGCUAACGGCAACUUUGGGUUAGCCCGAAUCUAUUUAAGUGUGUUGAACGGCCUUCCGAACCCACCUGCGAUCGUGCUGCCAGUUCGAGAUCCACGCCUCAGGUUGGGGCUUUACGCAAAUUCAUUCCCUCGAACAUGAAUCACGGGCGCCCACAAACUAGUAAAUCGUCCAAUUAACUUAUUAGACUGGCACUGGCACAUUGUACACAUGCACUAGCUCUGUCGCGGGGUUUUAGGCGCAAUGCGCUCAAAAGCGCUGUCUGAUAUCGGCAACGUGUCCCUUAUCCGACAUAAAACCCAGUAGUUUGGUACAAAAUAAGACCCUCACAUUAGAGUAUGAUUAGGAAACAAUGGCGUGAGGGUCUGUUUUUUAAGGGGGUUGGGUGCUGCCCUCAGUGAAGUUAAUUCGACAUCCCUGACGACUGCUCAGAUAGCACGACGCGUCAUGCGACUGCUUGUGUCUGCGGUCUUUCCACACAUUACUCGGUGCUUUUUAAUAGCAAUAAUGUUUAAGCGGCUGACCAGGUUUGUGCUUUAAAAUGAUCCCUUUUCACGCUUACAGGAGUCGAGGAAGCAGUACGUGGUUACUGUCUCCCCACAACCCGAGGACGGAGUCUUGCUCGUCCACUUCUCCAAGGGCGCCUCUGCCAAACCUCUGAGCACAGAGAAGACUGACGAUGCCGCCGAGGGUCACAUGUCCGUCAUCCUUCGGAUCUUUUUCACGUCAGUUCGCGCUCUCCAGUUGGCAGGGAAGGCAAAACAACCACGGGAAGCCGAAGGUGAGUGUACCGGCUGGACAUGCCGUUCCCUGCCAACCAACUGGCCCGUAGGCGGGCAUAAUCUCUGCUGUACAUUUUGUACGCCUUAUCAUGUCAGAUUUGCACGACUCGGUAGCACCUUAGGUGUGCAUCAUUUUCAUUUGUUUGAGUUGACUGGCUUUUUGCGUAAAUAGUUCCUAACUGACUUCAAAAACGAAGGCCCGCGGUCGAUCCGCACUCGAGCAAACAAAAUGUCCUUUGGUAAGACUAUUAGAAUAUGUUUUGCUAUGACAGCGACAACGGCUACAGCUUUGCGUAAAAGCCGACCGAAUUCAGUUCAGCUUUAUUAGGGGACAAAUAGACGAACGCCUUUGAACUCCCAAUCGGUUACAGAUUGUCUAAGAAAAAGCAUCGAUAAGCGGAAAAUUGAGAAAGAGAUUUUUGACAUAAUUGCAUGCAAAAGUCGAGCAGCUGCUUGCUAGGAUAGAUAUGAACGUCCACUCACUUAUUGGAAGUAGUAUCAUACAUACAUAAGUUUGACGACUGUUUAUGUUGGUGCGUGUGUGCGGUAUAUGCUGUGCAAGUCUGCUACCACCAUAAACUGACUCACCCACAAGUCACCGUGCUUGCUUUCGCCUUGCCGUAGAGCGCACGGUGGGCAUCGUCGGUAAUGACAGUCGAAGUGUCGGUAAUUCGGAAACUUGCUACGCGUCUGAUUUGCACCUAAAUGAAUCAACGCAGGAGGAGCAUACAUAAUCGGUGGGCAGGGAAUUCCACGCUGCAACCACUCUGUGACUGAAGAAAAACUUACGUCCAUUGGUUCUUGCUUUGCCUGCGCGCAGUUUUAGGGAAUGACCGCGCAAAGUGAGCGUGGUAGUCCGAGUGAGAAAAUCAUUGGGGACAGAGCAAAAGUCCAGACCAUUCAUAAUCGGGAAGGUUAAUGUGAGAUAACCGCGUGGCUGCCUGUAGGAAAGGGGAGAUAGGUUGAGAUCUGCCGGUCUGUUCUCAUAAAGCAAUGUUCCGACACCUUUGGUCACUUUUGUCGCCCUUACUUGAUUUGCCAACUACGGUCAGCAAAUGCGUGCACCAGACACAUACUUGUAAGCUUCGGGUGGAUAAAACCGUUCUGCUUGCUUGUGGUGCCUUGCACCGAUACUAGCUUUAAUACUGCAUUCUCGUCGGACUAGCAGAUGACAUUUCUAGGUUGUAAAUUUAGAAUGAAUGCUCUCGCUGCCUGGUUGUUUCGUCACAUAAAUGGAAACAAUUACAACUAUGAAUCAUGUACGCCCUCGAAUGCAUUCUUAAGUCGUCUCAUUCGCAAGUGUUUUCACGAUCUUGGCAGUUUAUUCUCUUCACACAGACAUAAUUAACGACGUAACAUUUACACGUCUCUCCACCUCCUCUUUAUUAUUGCCAUCGCAGGGGACUUUGAUGAAAAUGAGGAUGGUGCCGGUGAUCAGGAGGAUGUUCAGAGGAAAGAAGAGGACGAGGACGAACACCUCGGUGAAGCGCUACCAUGCAGCAGCAGCAGUAGCGGCAACAGCAACUGCCUGCCCAAAAAGCUCUGCAUUGAUGCGCUUACCGAAGUGCGGCGUGCCGUCUGGCUUCAGGUACACCCCAUCCCUGCAUUCCCGUCUCCACUCCAUCCCAUUCACACGCACACAGCACUCAGCAGAUGCACAGAGGGAUGUGAGGUGUGUGUGCCUCUUCUCACCCUCCGUCCAAUCUGUGCUUCUGUGCGUGUGUGCAGUGCGGUGUCUUCGAGACAGUGGUUGAAUUCGUCACUUGCAACGCUCGAGCCUGUGUGUCUGUGUACGCGUGCCCACCAGCCCGACGUCUUACAAAAACGACAACAGUUUGGUGCGCUUCUGGCCUCCCCUCGCCUACUCGUUUUUGUAAGACGCGCGCGUGCUGAAGGCCGGACAAUGAGAACUCACCGCCGCUUCCGCUCUCUGCAUUGAGGAGGAUCUCGGCAAUACCGUCUUUUGUUGUUCUUGUCACCACUUUAUGUUACUGUAUUAUACACUUUCUUCUCCGAGCUAGUCGGAUCAAAAUGAGCAUAUUAAUCUCUGCCAGCGCUGCAGGAACUCAGCAAUUUCAAGCUCUAAUUCCGUGACUCGACGAAAUUUACCAUACAUGUAGUACAGACCCACUUGGUUGGUCUUUCAGCUGGGGUGUUAUCGUGUUGUUGCGUUUUAAGCAAGUGAUAUUUUCGCGCAGAAGGAAAGAGGUCAUUUAAAACCCUCUUAACUUCGACCAAACUAAUGUGAAACCAUGUGCGAUUAUCAGUAUACUAAUAUCUCUAAGACAGCUUCUAGUUAGAGUAUUUCGGUCGCUUUUUCUUUAGUUUCAACCUCUCCUGUACUCAUAGUGGUGACCCAUGGCCACUCACGCCUGGCAGAUUUACAAAGUUUGCGACAGGACAGGAAUUCAAGGUGCAUUUUGGGGUUUUUGUGAUGCUCGGUGGGCACUGUCUCAUGUAACGCGAAACACGGAAGUAUUUUUGGUUUCCCUCAACAGUUGAAAUUGAUUCCCACUUUGUUGCCUCCUGUUAUAUCAACUGAAAAAAGUUGUAGCCACUCAAUACAUACACGCUGCAGGGCACGUAGCCCCCGCCCUGCGAAGGGAGGCAAAUUCAUGAAGCUGCGUAGUCCCAACAGCUUUGCUUUCGAGCCCAUAUUCCGGAUCAGCCGGUCGCGAACCACCUAACCGCAGGAUAAACAGUCUUAGAACUAAACAAUUCUACCAUCUAUAAAAAUAAUAUGCCCCUCGCAAUACCACAUUCUAUUUCUUCAAUCGUCUCUUCCCACUAGGCUGUACUUUCCAAUCACCCCGUGGCAUGCGUCCUGGUGAACGUAGUGCGAGUAGUUCGCAAUCUCAUGCUCAACGGAAUUCCGGACAAGUGGGGUCAGCUGUCGGAAUACGUGAGUCUCGACUUUUUUCCUGUUCGUUCUCUGCCCACGCUACAGGCUGUUGUGUGUGUGUAAUGCCGUACGUUGAAUGAUUGAAAACUGGUUAGAUGUGCACUGCGUCAACAUACUUUGCGGAGUUUUUAGUGACAAACGGGCUGGUCUUAAUUACUUGUAAGGGAGAGAUAGCAUCCCAGCGUUGUAUUUUGUCUGCACUUGUUGUUGCAGGCGAGCACACCAUAUAGAGCCCAUAACAUUGUACAGUGGAUGAGGACCAUGUUGUGCAUUUCACGAAGAGCAGUGGUAAACGAACAGGUACAAUGCUGUAUGGAUGGAUAUUGCACGGUCUUAAAAAUCUCAUAGUUAGAAACUUUUUUAAAACCUGAUUAUAGUCCGUCUUCCAGCAUAAAAUAUGAACAUGACUCAAAUCUCCGUCAAACGGCUGCAAAAAAGCAUAUUUUCGUUCGUGCAUUCUGUAAAGUAUAUUUGAGUUUGUAAAACCAUCGGAAACCAAUGGUAAAAAUGCAUGCUACUUAUGUAAUCAUUUUGUGCCGAGUACGGUUUCUACAAGAGACUGAAAAGCAGUGCAUUCAAAAACUAACAUCCUACCGAGUCCGAAAUAUUAUGGGAUUAUGCCGCAAGAUAAUCAAUAUUACAACCGCGCCUAGGCAAUCCUUCCUAAUCGAAAACGCAUUUCAGAAUUUUGGCCAACAUUUCAUGAGAUCGGUCAGGCACUGUAAGUCCUAACCACUCAGCGGAUGUCGUCACCUAUUUGCGUGUUAACAUUUUAGUCUCUGGAAUACUUUCGGGGUGUGGGGAGGCUGGUGCACAUAUGGGAGAUGAAUGACGGCGUUCUAGGGCAUUCUAAUCAGAACUGCAGACCUACCUAGCUGCUGGUCUGUAAAGUGGAAAGCAUGGGUAGCCUCUCCGCGCCACCAACUUGUAUCCGACCAACCGUAUAUCCAGCCUUCGUACGCUUUGACUCCCGCACUUGCAACGAUGAUGAAGGCAUAAAAUCUGGUAGAGAAGAUCUGACUUAUCGCUAACAUUAAUGUCGUAUUGAGGGUAUUUGACGGUACGGUGUCAAGAAGAAGACCGGAGGCUGGGGAGGGCGCAGGUGGAUGGCACAGCCGAGCCCGCACCUUGGCGCUCCACUCUACACCACCUGGACUGAAACUAUUUGUAACCAUCCGACCCCUUUAUUUAAUGGCACCACAUUAAAGCCGUCACACUCCAAGGACAAACCGCCUAGUAACAUUUACAAUUUCGAGAGAGUUAGUCGAGAAAACCAGGGGACUUUGCCAAUAAUUACUUUAGACGGUGAGAUUGGUAGUUUUGAUGACUGCAGUGUUCUGUCUUAUUCCAAAUUCUCGAGUAUUACCGUUAGAAGAACGUGGACCGAAUAUCCACUGUGAUCAUUUGAUCUCUGGUUCCCAUGAUCUGCCUGUACACAGUUGUCUCAGAUCGAUCACGAUGACCGGAAGACUAAACAUCGCUUUGUCUCGGUACCCGGAAGUCCCACGUACUUUCUGAAAUUAAUAUUUGCUUCUAUGGGAACUGGAAUAACUAAAAUAACUGGAAGAUGGGCUCAAGGUCCUCACGGUCCAUAGCCAUGGUCGGCGAAUCAUCACCCUUCAGUUAUCAACUUUAGCCGCCUCUCUUGCCCUUGAAUGUCAUGAUGGAUUGCGACUCAAGAUAUCGUGACCAGCCAUCAAUCUCCAACCUGUGUCUAUUUUGCAGACGCUGACAAUUUUACUCGAGCGGCUCUCCUGCCUGGACAUGGGCCCCACCCAGCCGGGCUCAUCUGCUGCACCUUUAAAUGUCCGAGUACAGCCGCCUCUGUUGUUGCGACGCCUGCUUGAAGCCUUCGCUUCUGGGAUUCUGUUACCGGGCUUCCAGCUGUACAGCCUGAUGGACCCCAGCUGCAGCUCUCCACCGCAGUAUCUAUUUCAUCUGCCGCCAGAGGCUCGCCGUGCGCUGCCUGAGGUGGAUCUUCUGGCUGAUCUAUCCCUGGCGGACAGAGAGCUGAUCACUCACACUGCCCAACUCAGUCUCAGACUUCUAUCUUUCAGGCAGAUUUACAAGGUGCGUGCUAGUGCCUUUGCUUGUAGCUGUACUUCCUCUUGUGUAGGGGGACCACUCGUUUACCAGUCCUUUCGAGAUAAUUUUAACCAAUCUCCUUGGUUUUUCGAUUAACCUUCACCGGUAGCCUCUCUUAGAUCUAUUGGCCGGAGGUUAAAAAUCAACUGACUGAUUUCUGCAUGUUUGCUUUUGUAUAUGUCAUCUGGUGAACUGUCAUCACCAGCCUUUUCAUUGUUUGAUCUCUCAUCCAUUGUACGAAAAAUGACACAAAAUAGGGCAACAUUAAGGCCAUGAUCUUGCAGUAUUUGGUCAGUUUGUAGGCCGAUAAAUGGGCUACGGUCACCCCUAAGGUGGCCAACGACCACAAAGUUGCCGGACCGCGGUAUCGUUCAGCCGCAUCACGGGUUUCUCCAUCACUCUGACGCUAAUAUGUGCCUGCACACCUAGCAUUCACGUUACUCUGCCAUACAUUCAGUGUUUUCCAGACUUGUUUGAAUCCUGUAUAGCAGGAUUCUUCUUUCCUGUCAUAAGUCCACACACCAAAUAGUCGGACAGUGGAAUACGCGCAUCAGCACAUUUACAGCUUUGCGACUGAAAAUGUGCUAAUAUGUAAACCUGAAGUGCUUCUUCAGCAGGCUGGGGCUGGCACUCAAUGCUACUAAACGGGUUCUGCUGGUCAGUCUAGUUAUCAAUUUCCUCGGUCCUCAACGGUAGAAGCCAUACCUUGCCCGAAGAUUCUUAAUCUUUGUAAAGUCUGUCGGUUUUUGGAGUUGACGAAUCUCGUCGCAGUAAUCCAGUCUGACAAGCAUUCACACCUCAGAAUUGGCGAGGCCGGUGAGUAAAUUUUGUCUCACGUCAAUUGUAGUCUGACUGUAGGAGUUCCUCUAUCCCCGAAUUCGUUUUUGGCCACCCCUGCUGCAAAUCACAGAAAUUACGCUUCAUGUAUAGUUAUUUUUAAAAGAAAUAUAAAUCAACAGUAGAUGGAAAGCCUACUUAUCCCACGACAGCGAUUAACUAACCAAAUACCGGACUGAUUUCUUAACUGAAUGCCCGAUUAUGAAGAACUCGGCGAGUCUGAAUUUAGACCAGGACUGGUAGAGCUUUAGUAUCGGAUACGGAACUUCUACCGCGAGCAAUCUAAUUUUUCGGGUAAGUUAUCUCCCUCCAGCCUGCCGUGGCGUGUGCAAUCCACCAGUUCAUGUUUGAUUGGUCUGGUCGUUCAUCUGCCAAAACACUAGGACUCUUUUGUUUUUAAUAAACAUGAUGGGAACUUUCAGUUUCACCUAGAGUUCUGCAAUGAUACCCAUGCAAACACGGAAAAAGUCCGUUUUGACUUGCGUACGUUCUCGAUUAUUAGCCAUCAGGCCUGACCGAGGCAGCGGCCACACGAACUAGCUAACACAAUCCUGUGCCCGCUAUAGGGAUUCGUUCAAACCUCUAGUGUACCCUGGUCCAAGUUGAGCCCCACAUGUUCGCAUUUCCAUACUGUCACGUUACGUUACGGCGGCGAAGCACAAUCACAACUCACUGCACGCACCAACUCUCUUUUCAGGUGCUGGGAGUGGAGAAGUUUGUGCCACAACGUCAGAUCCGCGAUCAGGCGGAGAAACGAAGGGCAAGCGCUGCCGCGGAGACCGACGUCUCCGUGUCCAAGGUCCCGAAAGUUGAGGAGGGCGUUCAAGAAGAGGCUCCAAAACCGCCACAUGAAGGAGGUGAAGAGGAAGAGUUCUCGGAUGAUGGUGACGAGGCGUGA